AUGGCGACCACUAUCAACUUCGAGGAAAUCGUCAAUGGCGACGUCUACACGUUCGUCGUUGGAUCGGAACAGAAGCUGUACACAUCAGUUCACUCAGCUGUCCUCAGCCGGAUCUCUGAGCCGUUCGCUGUAAUGUUGAGCAGUGGCAUGAAGGAGUCGAAAGACAAACGCGUAGUCCUUCUCGAUGUCGAUCCAGAUACCUUCCGCCUAGUCCUCGAGUACGCAUACACCAACUUCUACCGGCCGCCCGUUGUUGAAAUCAAGACAGGGCGUGGGUACCACCAUGAAGAGGGAUCGGAGAACCCGUUCGAUACAAGCAAGGAUCCUCAUUUCUGCGGCUUCUGUGGGAGCGACCAGUGGAGCUUAUUUUGCUGGCCGAAGUGCAAGAACGCGAGUGCUGAGGUCAUUGCGGACAAACGCCUUCAAGGCAGGACUGGGAGCGAGUUCGGAAAAUAUCUGCAGGAAAUGAGUCAAGGCAAGGUACCGUUCAGUGAUAUUCGCCUCCACGCACGGCUCUACAUUUUCGCGACCAAGUGGAUUAUGACCGGCCUCCAGGAAAUGUCUCUCCAUAGAACUCAUCGGGAGCUGGCGAACCGGUGGUUGACCGAGCCUUUCGAGCAGCAAUUGUGUGACACGAUCAGAGAAGUCUAUGGGAACACAUCAGCGGCUGACCAGGAAUCUUCUGGUAUUGGCUCAGAAAUGCGAGAACUCCUACUUACUUACACCUUCCUCGCCCAGGAAAAGCUGGUCAAGUACAAGGAGAAAAGCCCUUUCAAGGCGUUUCUUCUAGAAGGAGGAGAGUUUCUGGCCGACUUUACCAGGAAGAAUCUCGAAGCGGAUGAAAGCUUGCGGAAGAAACGCGCUGAAGCGAAGAAAGAGAGAUAUGAACGGUGGUGGAACGAAAGGAAGACGACAUAA